AUGGCGGCGGCCAAGGGAGCGGCAGACAGGGACAGCGGCGCGGCGAUGUUCUCCGAGGAGGAGUUGAGCGAGAUAAGCGGCCUGAAGCAGUGCAGAGACUACAUCGAGGUGACGUGCGGCUGCACGAGCCGCCGUUACGGCGACGCCGUGGGCCGGCUCAAGGUCUUCCCGUCGGGGGAGCUGGAGAUCACCUGCGAGUGCACACCCGGCUGCGAUGAAGGUAAGUUUCAGCUUCAGAUCCGCCCCUCCUCUCUGUUGCGCCUUUCUUCUUCUCGGCAUGCACACUCCUGCACUCGAGGGUUCCACGCAUCCAUGCAACGCGAGCAGCUUGGGCACCCCAUCGACCCGCGAUCAGAUCAGCCUGCGCGCUAGAUGAUGGGUAGAUUUCUUCCGUUUCCAUGGUCUGCAACCCCGCAGUCCUGCGAGUCAACUCAGGAUACUUGCCUUGUGCCGGACGCCGAUAUCUUGAGCUUGGGAGUCAACCCAAGAUGCCAGAAUUCCGUCUCUUCUCUGGUUUAUGAAGGCCCGAACCGUCUCUCCUUCCUCUCUUGUCUACGGAAGGAAGGCUCCUGUAGACGAAAUCAAUCUCUGGUUUGGGGUUGAUGCUCUUUCUGAGCUUUCCGGGACAUCUCUUUCCAGCAUUGUCUUCAGAGUCAACUCUCCCCUUCUUGCCCACAACAAUUCUCUCUCGGUUGACCCAACAUGGACCAAGUUGCCUACUGUCUUAUCGACCUCCCGGACUAGGUUAAACUGGUCUAACCCCAUGCUAGUCUCUUUUUCAUUUGGAAGAACUCUACCAGCUGAGUGACUAAUUCCGACUUUCUGAAGUCAACCCAGCAAUUUUUAACGCCUGCUGGGUGAUGGGUUUCCGAAAUUGUGAGCAGAUAAGAUGAGCCCGGCCGCAUUCGAGAAGCAUUCGGGCAGGGAGACCGCCAGAAAGUGGAAGAGCAACGUCUGGGUCAUCGUCAAGGGGGAGAAGAUCUCUCUUUCCAAGACCGCCCUUCUCAAGUACCACGAUCAGCUGUUGAAGCCAGCCAACGGCUCCCACAAAGGGCACGGCGGGCGGGCGGCCCACCGCGACGAGUUCAUCCGCUGUGCCAGAUGCAGCAAAGAACGCCGAUUUCGGCUCAGGACCAGAGAGGAGUGCCGCAUCUACCAUGACGCCUCCGCCAACCUGAGUUGGACCUGCUCUGAUAUGCCUUUCCACGGGUAAAGAUGCCUCAUUUCCUCUCAAACACCAAGCAAAUUAGCUUCCAUACUUGCUGUUUUUGCCUAAUUUCCUCUUACAGUAAGUGAUCUUAGCAUUCCUUCAAGUGCUGUUGUUCUUCCUGAUUAUAGUAAGCAUGCCCUUCAGAUGGGUUCAAUGGAGGAGAUGAGGAUCAGCCUCCCACUCUGACGGGUGGGGGGGGGGGGGGUCUCCAGCUCUUGGACCCCCAUGCAGCAGCAUAAUAUCUCUGUAAACCAUAUGAAAUGUGCCUCUGUAAACCAUAGGAAGAUGAGGGAGCAGCCCAAUGGUUGGAGAGGGGGGGGGGUGGCAGUGAUCCUCCCAUUAUGGGUCAUCUGACCUUCCAUUUAUGGCAUGUGGGAGAUAUACUUGAUUUUAGUCAACAUCGUGGGCAUCAUUUAAGGGCAGUGCUAGCGAUUAUUGAUUGAUUGAUUGAUUGAUUUAUUUAUUUAUUCUCUCUCUCUCUGUGAAAUUGUGUCGACGAUUUUGCAGGCUCACCUGCGAGGAAGAUGAGGAGCGGGCCAGCCGGAAGAACUACCGGGGGUGCGCCCGGUCGCCGCGGUGCAAGGGCUGCACCGCCUGCGUCUGCUUUGGGUGCGACCUCUGCCGGUUCCCCGACUGCGCCUGCCAGACCUGCGUUGACUUCAUGAGCAACGCCUGA